AUGUCCUUCGCGAGCAUGCGCUUCGCCCACGCCCCAUUCCUCCAAACCCAACUCCAAGCCCUCAAAACCUCCCUCCUAAAAUCCACCGCCGCUGAACAAGUCGCCCUAGCCGCCCUCGCAAAAUCCGAAUGCGCCCAACUCUGCAAUCUAGUCAUGACCCACCUCCCCCGCGAGCUGCGCGACAUGGUCUACCAGCACCUCGUCCCGUCGACCACACGCAUCAGCCGCGAGUACUUCCGCUCAAUCAGAGACCCCAUCUCGGGGCUACACACUUACGACGCCGCGAACUGGAAAGCCGCGCACUAUCCCGAGCACUACUGGGACGCAUCAUACGUGGGCGCGCCCUUCCUGCAUGAACUAACCCAGAUUUAUUUUCUCACCUCGACAUUCGCAUUUGGCGACGACGACGGCCUCAUCGAGCAGUUUCUGACUACCGACCUUAUGGACGUCGGAUACGCGCCGGCAGAGCUCGUGUCGCGGGUGGAGGUGUAUUUAAACGCAAUGACGUACGAUCGCACGACGUGCGUAGGGUACAUGUUUGGGUGCGCGACGAAGCCGGAGCGAUUAGUUGCCGCACUGAGAGGGGUGGAGGGGUUGAAAGAGGGGGCAAGUUUGUGUGUGCAUUUUGAGACGAGGGCAGCAGAUGGAGAGGUGAGGGACAAGCAGAUUGGGACGGUGUGUGACGCGGUGAGGCCGUGUUUGAGGGAGGUGGAGAAGAAGGGAUGUAAGGUGAGGUUGGUGGUUGAUAAGAACGACGCAGAUUGGACUGGGUGA